CUUCUGUUCUUUCUCAUAUACAUUUGCCAUGGCAGCGCACAUUCCCCCAAUCCCAUGGCAACAGAAAUCACUGUCUACAGGUAAACAAAAAACAAACAAACAAACAAAAACCCUAGAGAAAAAAAACAAACAACAAAAUGAACAAAAGAAGCGAAAGAAAGAAGGAAAGAAAACGAGAAUGGACGAGUCUGUAUCAUUCCUUUUCAUCGUUGCAGUGUUAUUUCUUUGCUUAAUUUUUUUUUUUUAUAACCCGUUUUUUUUUCUCCCUCUCUCUCUCUUUAGUUGUACUUUCAUUUUCAAAAACGGAAACACUAAACUGCCAGAAACUGCACAGUUCACUCAGGCGCCACAGAGCACAACCGCAUUCAACUCAGCUAACCGCUCUAGCUUUACACAGCCAGCAGGGAAACCUCGGCACCGCUCCCUCGCUCCGACAGGACGCUUCCUGCUUCCUGUCCCACAGCCGGCCGCUUCCUGUCCGCCGCUCUGUCCCCUCAUCGUAGCUGUAGCACUUAGUGGUAUGGAUGUUUACACAGGGAAACUUGGCUUAAUGUAUGUGGGACAUUUGGGUUCAACCGUAUGCUGUCUCACACACACACACACACACACACACACACACAGACACACACACUGCGCUCGCAAACAGGAAACAGCUGGGAGUUCUCCAUACAGGACGGGAGAAUCAGUCAAAAGCAAAAUCAAAGUCACACGUAUUAUGCAUACAUGCUGUCACACACACACACACACACACACACACACAUAUCAGGGUUCUUACGCACGUCUAAAAAAAAAAAAUGAAAAGAAAGCAGAAUUCGGUCGUUUCUCAUUGAUAACAGCAGCACACGCGCAAAAAAAAACGUCCCUGAGGAGAGCGCACACGCAGGUUAUUAAGAAAAAAAAAAAAAAAAACAAAUCUCUGAGAAUCCAAAAAAAAAAAAAAAAACUUAAACUUUGACCCACGCGGCGCUCGUUUUGGAGAGCACGAGAAAAAACGACGACUCCGACGGCAAAGAAGCUGAAAACAUGAAAUAAUGUUUAAAAUCAGCCCUUUUUUUAUUAUUAUUAUUAUUAUCAAACACACAAACACAUGAUGAAGAUGAUCAGAGCAUCAUCGCACAGGAAGACCCUCUGACUCGCUUUAUUUUGAAAGUCUGAAACAUCAAUAAUUAGGACAAAGGGAAGGUGUUAAACUAAAGGACUGACUGUUAAAGGGGCAUUCUGUAACACGACGCGCCGUGGCUGUUUGGGCACAGGUUGCUGACGUCCCGCCUGCAAUAAGAUUUAGAUAAAACAUAUUAAAAGUAAAACGAGUAAAAAUAAUAAAAAAGGAGAACAAAUUGCAGAGACGAGCUUCUCGUUUAGAGUCAGCGGUGUAGUUCUCCGUCCUUCCUGCUGUGAUGCUGCUGCUCAGCAAACAGCUUUUAUCGCCUUUCUUGCGUCUCUGAUCACGACUCUAAGCCGACACUCGUGAGGGAGGUCUCUCUCUCUCUCUCUCUCUCUCUCUCUCUCUCUCUCUCUCCCAAAACAAGACGAAUAGACAAACUCUGCGUAUCAGCUUUCACGAAGGGCGUGUCUCGACCAGCGAACGGCGGGCGUUCACGGGGGUCAGACGUUUAAGCUCGUGCACGUGCGCGUCAUUUCAGGUACAUGUAUGAAUUAUUAAAGGGAAACGCGUGCGGAUGUGAGUACGCAGCGUUUAGUGAGAUAGAGAGACAUAUUUGUGUCCGAACCCGAGCCGAGCGUGAGAUUUAGCUCGUCCUCCCUCGCUGGGCCACCUUUACCACCUGAAGCAGCGUACGUGUUGCCUUCAGCGUCGUCACGUAAACUCCAGAAGUUGCCCAGAACAGACAGCAGGUCCAUCAUUUCUCACUAAAAUAACUGAACCCGAUCUGAACCCGGACAUAAUUUCUAAAUAUUUUUCCGAACCUGGCCUGACCUGAUGAGUUACCCAACUCACACACAGUUUUAUAAAUGAGGCUCCAGAUGAUUUCCGAGGUCGUGGAUGCUCCGUUAUCGUCCGCUCUCUGAUUGGAAAUGUGGAAAUCGAAAUCGAAAAUUGGAAAUCGCAGAAAUGUGACCGACAGAAUAAAUCAAAACAAACACAAAACAAGAUCAAACAAGGCGAAGCUGCGCAGGAAUCCUGAUCCACACACAGUGACACUAAUGAAACCGAGCACGCUAAGACAGACUGAACCAGCACGAGUGGACAGGCAUUCACACACACACACACACACACACACACACACACACACACACACACACACAUGCAUGCAGAGGUUGCUGCAUAUGUAAAUCAGUGUUAGUGGAAAAGAAAAAUGACUGACAUGACCGAGACGUUCAGCUCAACACGCUGACGGUGUAAAGUGUGUGAGAGGAUGAGGGAAUUCACACACACACACACACACACACACACACUCGAUUUUAAUCCGAAUCGACGGUAUCAAUAAAUCACUAAUCAUGUCGCAGAUCACGUGGAAACUGAGCCGUGAGACUCUGGUGUGUGAAGACUGUGUGAGGAAAACGACGUCGCCCAACCUUCGUGAUGUAAAUAUGCAAUGCCUUUGUUUUGUUUUUGUUUUUUUGUUUUUGUUGUUUUUUUGUCUUUAGUGGCAUCUUGACAAGACAUGAACAUUUUUCUGUGACUGUACUUCAAGCUUGCUGACGAGAAUAGUGACCAGAAAAAAAAAAAAAAAACGAAACAAACAAACAAACAAAACAACAACCAACGAAUCCAAACUGCAUUUAAAAAAAAAAAAAAAAAUUAAAAGAAAGAAAAAAAAAACGACGGCAACUGUGUCAAAGACUGGACCCUUCCAUGUUUUUUUGUUUUUUUUUCUCUCUGCGGGAGGGGUCGACGCCGCCUCGUCAUGUGUAUCCAGGGAGGAUGUUUCCAUGGAGACGAACCCUAGCCCCUCCCCCUUCUCCUUGUCCCCGCCCCCUCUCGUCGAGUCCCAUCCAGUUUGUGUGUGAGGACAAAACACACUGUAAAGGGUCAUUUUUGUUUCCUUGUUUCCCUGUUAAAAGAAAAAAAACAACAACAACAACAAAAAAACACACCAAGUGGGACCGUGGUCAACUUUUUUGCAGUGCUGGUUUCAUCAGGUUGUUCCAAUCCCAUCAUCCCUUGCUCCUCCCUGCCCUUUUUGUACCAUAGUUCCUGUUUUAUUUAUGUUUGUGUCAUGCUAGGCAGCGUCCCCCGUAUGUUGUUCAGUCAGAAAAAGGCACCUCUUGAAAGUCGCUGAAGGAUGAUGAUGAUGAUGAUGAUGAUGAUUAUAAUUAUAAUGAUGAUGUUGGAUGCAUUAACUGAAGUCUCUCUUUUUUUUUAUCCAAACUCUUUUUUUUUUUUAUCGUUUGCUUGUUUGUUUUCUUACCAAAACAUUAGGGCAAGAACCCGAUAGUGGACUUGCAUUGCCGUGGUAGUAUUUAUUUUGAAUUAAAUUAAAAGAAUACAUUUCA